UCCGACCAUCACCAACCACUCAGCGGGUGCCGAUCCCAUCUUGAUACGGCAAGCGACAUUAUAAUCUUUAGCUCAAUCUCUCAGAUCCCGGCCAGUCCCGACCCGAACCCGAAUCCGGCCUCAGCCUCCUCCGGCCCAAUGGGGACCGAAACGGCCGACACCGAGUCGACGCACCUCCUCCCUGCCUCCGGCGGCCGCCCCCCGAAGGUCCCCGCCGACAGAUUCCACUUCGCCUACACCAUCUUCUUCACUCUCGGCCUCGGCUUCCUACUCCCGUGGAACGCCUUCAUCACCGCCGUCGACUACUUCACCUACCUCUACCCGGAGGCCAGCGUCGACCGCGUGUUCGCCGUCGUCUACAUGCUCGUCGCCCUCUUCUGCCUCCUCCUGAUCAUCCUUUACUCCCACAAGUCCGAUGCCUACUUCAGGAUCAACCUGGGUCUCUCACUCUUCGUGGUGGCCCUCCUUGUCGUCCCAGUCAUGGACGCGGUGUACAUCAAGGGCCGGGUCGGGCUAUACGACGGGUUCGACGUGACCACGGCGGCCGUCGCGCUGUCGGGACUCGCGGAUGCCCUUGUUCAGGGUGGCAUAAUUGGGUCGGCCGGCGAGAUGCCUGAGAGGUACAUGCAGGCCGUCGUUGCCGGAACAGCUGCUUCAGGAGUCCUCAUUUCAUUUUUAAGGAUCGUUACAAAGGCUGCAUACUCUCAAGAUGCGACGGGGUUGAGAAAAAGCGCGAUCCUCUACUUUGCCGUUAGCAUCGUGAUAAUGGCCAUAUGCAUCGUCUUCUACAAUGUGGCUCACAGGCUUCCGGUCAUAAAGUACUACAAGGACCUGAAAGUCCAAGCGGUGAACGAGGAGAAAGAGCUGAAUGGUCCCCUCACCGGGUCUCUGUGGAGAUCUUCUCUGCUGAACACCGUGGGGAAGGUCAAGUGGUACGGGUUUGGGAUCAUUCUCAUCUACAUUGUGACAUUGUCGAUAUUCCCAGGAUACAUCACGGAGGACGUUCACUCUGAGCUUCUCAAGGACUGGUAUGCAGUACUCCUCAUCACGGGCUACAAUGUGUUUGAUCUCGUGGGCAAGUCUUUGACUGCAUUUUACCUCCUCGAGAAUGCUAAGAUUGCGAUCUGGGGCUGUGUGGCGAGGCUGUUGUUCUUCCCGCUCUUCUACGGGUGUCUGCACGGUCCCACAUUCUUUAGAACUGAAAUCCCUGUAAUGAUCUUGACCUGCCUCCUGGGGCUGACCAACGGGUACUUGACGAGCGUACUGAUGAUUAUGGCCCCAAAGGUUGUCCCGCUGCAGCAUGCUGAGACUGCCGGGAUUGUGAUCGUGCUGUUCCUGAUCAUCGGACUUGCGGCAGGUUCGGUUGUAGCUUGGUUUUGGGUCAUCUGAUCGGGGACAGUCAAGUAGUAUCAGAACUCCCACAGCACCUACUCCCGCAACCAGGAUCUGGGGGGAUAUUUAUACUCAAAUUCUGUAAAUUGACGCAAACUGAUGGAUCGGAGUAUUUCCUCAUCUUCCUUGGAUCCCAAGGGUGUCGUAUUGAUCUUUCUAUCAAUGGAAAAGUGGAAAAAUAUUUUCUUUC